AUGAUAGCAGACUAUUCAGUUUAUCAAAAAUUUUUAAAAAUUGCCAGUUUUAACGAUGAUUUAAGCAGAAUUACUGCAAUGAACUAUUUAAAAGCAGUAUUUAAACAGGUAUGCAAAGAAAAAAAAAAGAAAGAAAAACAUGAUUUUAGUUCUAAGAAUACUGUAAUGAAAAAUAUUAACAGUAUUGCUACUUUAAGGCACGAUCUUUUGUCGACAGCAGGGAAUUCAGGAACACAAGGAAUGGCAUACGUUGGUAACAUCUGUGAGAAGUCCGGGUCUGCAAGCAUCAUUGAAGAUGUUGGCGGAAUGGCGACUUCAGUAAUUGCUGCUCAUGAAAUAAUCCACAGCUUGGGUGCUUUUCACGACGGCAUAGAGACUGGAAAUCAAUGCGAAACUGCAGCAAACUAUUUGAUGGCUCCGCUGGUGGCAGGUUCAGAUAAUGAAACCAAACUAACUAACUCGUUCAGGCUUUCCUCCUGUUCCAAAGAGCAAGUUCGCAAUUUUCUUCGAAAAAAAAAGUUUAACUGCCUUCGAAAAGGGGGCUUUCAAUCAAGAAAGUUGAAGCUUGAUCAAGAACCAGGCCAAGAUUGGAAUUUACCUGGUGAAAUUUUUCAACGAGAUCAACAGUGUCAGAUUGCAUUUGGAGAACACUACCAGUUUUGCAAUCAUGAUGAUUAUUAUGAAGAAAAAAGUCGUUGUGGCAGAUUGUGGUGCAAGAACAUGCAUUUGAAUGAAGAGGAUGACUGUGAAACUAAAAACUAUCUGCCACUUUUAGACGGAACAUAUUGCGGUGAUUUUCAGGUAUGUAGUUGUUUAAAAAGCACUUUUCUUUUUUCGUUUUAUAGCAAUAUAAAGUUUGUUACAGAAAGAUUUUAUUUUCAGUUGGUUAUAAAAUCCUUUAGAACGAUAUGCUGCUUCACGUGCUAUAAAAUUUUACGAUCUAUACAACACCGUCAUUAA